UAGUAAACUAAUUAAUUCAAAUAAAAAACCCCACCCUCUCCUUAGUCCUUCCUACCUCCCUACGUCCUUCUUCUUCCUCAAAAUUUCUCCUUCGUUUUCUUUUCUAUUUCUCUCGAUUUUUUAAUUUUUGUUUUUAAUAAUUUUUCUUUCCUGCUCUUUUUUCUUCACCGGCAGCCGCGCCGGCGGCGAAUCUCCUCUAUUUUUCCUUUUCUUUCUCUUCCGGGCUGUUUGCAAUUUCGGUCCUUCCGCGCCAAAUCUGACGGACCGAAGCCCUAUCCCCAAAAUCACCUUCCUCCGGCAGUUCCCCGGAUAGAGGAGAAAUCGGGACGGAAUUCAUGGCGCGGUCGCUGCCGCAGCUGCUCAACGGUGAGAGAGCUGUGGUCUUGGCUUAUGUUAUUCAAAUUCUGUCUUUCACGCCUCUGGCUCUCCUACCCGAAGCUGGAUCCCUCUCUUUUGUCUCUCUAUUUGCUCUAUUUGUUGAGAUCUCUGCCGACAGUGGCUCCAAUCCCUUGGCGCGCUCUUUCAGGACAAGGCCUGGAGUUCCGUCUGGAAUCCUGUUGGGGGCAGUCACAUUGCCUGGCCUCCUUUUCUCAAGGCUGAUACAAAUUUUGAGAGCACAUACAGCAAAUGGAAUUGGGAUUGAAGAGCUUGAAUAUCUCAAACUGCAGUAUUGGGCCACAUCAGCUAGCUGUUUGAUUGUGCUAAUAUUCCUUUCCACUUUCUGUCAGAGACAAGGAAAGAGCUCCAAUUCCAUUUGUUCUCUCUCCAAUAGCAUUCCAAUGCAUUAUGUCAUUUGUGCAGUCCUCUUUGUAGGACUUGGCUUGGUAUCACUAUCUGGUCAAAAAUAUAAUGGGUUUUCCAUGGCCUUUAUCUUGAUGUGGAUGCUUAUUCAUGGUUUGGCUGCUGUUACACUAUUCCAGAAAAUCCUACAUAUGUUUCCUGCAUGUGCUUCAAUAGGAGAAUCACUUCUUGUGACAUUGGGGCUUGCCAUUUAUUUUGGAGACAUGGUGGCUUAUACAGCUACAAAAAUUUCAUAUCUGGAAACAUUCAUGGUACCCUUAUUAAGAUAUGGGAUUAAGAGAAGUGAGAUAAGCACCAUUAUUCAGGGAAUGGUAUUCGGUCUCCUCGUUCUUCCCUGGUUCUACAAAAAUGUCCUCAGGAUGUGGGAAUACUUUGCCAGUUUCCGCAAUGGAGAGAUGGGAAACAGGGAGAUUAGAAACUCUAUUAUUUUCCAUACUUUGCUCACUUUUAUGUUGAUUUUGGUGGUUCCUUCAUGGAUGCAGUUUGUGCAUGCUUUUCAUGUGCACCCAAUAAUAUGGGUAUUUGAUUUUGUUCUAUCGGAGCCACUUAACAGACUAACUAUAUGCAUCUAUUGGCUGGUUGUCAUAUAUGCAUCAGUUGGACGAUUUUAUAAACUAUCAAAAAAUAAUAAGACUACCAGGAUACUUCUACGCAAAUAUUAUCAUCUCAUGGCAGUCUCAAUGUUUGUUCCUGCCCUUAUAUUCCAGCCAAAAUUUCUUGAUCUGGCUUUUGGGGCAGCUUUGGCAGUGUUCCUCCUGCUGGAAAUAAUAAGAAUAUGGAAAAUCCGGCCAUUGGGUCAUAUAAUCCACCAAUUCAUGAAUGCCUUCACUGAUCAUCGCGAUUCUGAUCUUCUCAUUGUCAGCCAUUUCUCACUGCUUUUGGGUUGUGCAAUACCCAUUUGGCUCUCUUCUGGUUUCACUGAUCGACCACUUGCCCCUUUUGCUGGAAUUUUGAGUCUUGGUAUUGGCGACACAAUGGCAUCGAUGGUAGGGCACAAGUAUGGAGUUCUUCGUUGGAGCAAAACUGGCAAGAAAACGAUUGAAGGCACAGCUGCUGGCAUUACCUCUGUCCUUGCUGCAUGCUUUCUUCUUCUUCCACUUCUUGCAGCAACUGGAUACAUUUUCACAACGCAAUGGUUGUCGUUGAUCAUGGCAGUGACGACCAGCGGGCUGUUGGAGGCCUACACAGCGCAGCUCGAUAACGCCUUUAUACCGCUCAUUUUCUACAGCCUCCUCUGUCUCUGAGGGCAGUUUUCAGAUACGUAUACAACCUCCCUAACCUUGUCUAUAAUACAGAUAUAUGUUGCAUCAUUAUAUUUAGGGCUUUGUGAUGUUGCAUUACCGGUAUAUCAUCCUCAGUUGUAUCAUAUGAUUUUCGAGGGUCUUAACACGUAUGAGGUUAGGUAUCUGUAUUGUACACACACACACACAAGAAGAAGAAUAAAAGGUGUUUAUACUUUAUACUCCCCACAAACUUGUGAAACUAAUCUUAAGAUAGGGAAGGAUGAAAGUUAGAAAAUACUUGCAAAAAUUAAACAUGAGAUAUAUUAGAAUUUUAGUAGGAAAUAAAACAUAGGAUACAUUUGCACAUAUUUGCUUCUUUUGUGUUGUUGUUGGUGGUUAAUGUUCUACAAUUCAUUAAGAAUAAAGUUAU